AUGGAGGGGCGUCAAGAGGCUGGGAAGGAGAGCAAGCCCUCCUCCGUAUCAGUGGACCUGCAGGGAGACAGCUCCUUACAGGUGGAGAUCUCUGAUGCAGUGAGCGAGCGGGACAAGGUGAAAUUCACCGUUCAAACCAAGAGCUGCCUCCCUCACUUCGUCCAGACGGAGUUCUCAGUCGUGCGACAGCAUGAGGAGUUCAUCUGGCUACAUGACGCCUAUGUGGAAAAUGAGGAGUACGCCGGCCUCAUCAUCCCCCCAGCCCCUCCAAGGCCAGACUUUGAGGCUUCAAGGGAAAAGCUGCAGAAGUUGGGUGAGGGUGACAGCUCCAUCACGCGGGAAGAGUUUGCCAAAAUGAAGCAGGAGCUGGAAGCGGAGUACCUGGCUAUCUUUAAGAAGACAGUUGCAAUGCAUGAGGUCUUUCUGCAGCGCCUGGCGGCCCACCCUACCCUGCGUCGAGACCACAACUUCUUUGUCUUUUUGGAAUAUGGCCAGGAUCUGAGUGUCCGAGGAAAGAACAGGAAGGAGCUUCUUGGAGGAUUUCUGAGGAAUAUUGUGAAGUCUGCAGAUGAAGCCCUUAUCACCAGCAUGUCAGGGCUAAAGGAGGUGGAUGACUUCUUCGAGCAUGAGAGGACCUUCCUGCUGGAGUACCACACCCGCAUCCGGGAUGCCUGCCUGCGGGCAGACCGUGUCAUGCACUCCCACAAGUGCCUGGCAGAUGAUUAUAUCCCUCUCUCUGCUGCACUGAAUAGUCUGGGAACACAGGAAGUCAACCAGCUAAAGACGAGUUUCCUCAAAUUGGCAGAACUCUUUGAACGACUAAGGAAGCUGGAGGGCCGAGUGGCGUCUGAUGAGGACCUCAAGCUGUCAGACAUGCUGAGAUACUACAUGCGAGACUCACAGGCAGCCAAGGACCUGCUGUACCGGCGGCUUCGAGCACUGGCUGACUAUGAGAAUGCCAAUAAGGCCCUGGACAAGGCACGCACUAGGAACCGGGAGGUUCGGACUGCUGAGAGCCACCAGCAACAGUGCUGCCAACGCUUCGAACGCCUCUCUGACUCAGCCAAGCAGGAGCUCAUGGAUUUCAAGUCCCGCCGUGUCUCCUCCUUCCGCAAGAACCUCAUAGAGUUGGCAGAGCUGGAGCUCAAACAUGCCAAGGCCAGCACCCUGCUUCUCCGGAACACCCUUGUCGCCCUCAAGGGGGAGCCUUAGUGCAGCCAGAGCCUACAAGAGUCCCCCAGAUUUCCCACCCCAAGAUACCACCUCCCAACCACAGCAGCCACUAGCCAUGCCCCGUGAUCUCCCAGGGCAAGCCCAAGCCCCACUCCCACCCAAAAGUGCCAGGUCCUGCAAGAGAAAGCUAGGGCAACAUGGGUACCAUACUUGGGCCACAGGUAAGAACCCCAGCCUAGGGGAGGCCAGGAGCCUGGACCUCCCACCUCUCCUGGAGUCUGAGAGGCUGCCCCCAACCCUCUGCGCCUCCCGACCCUGCCAAAGCUCGUUUUGUCCCCAGCCUGUUCACAAAUAAAAAGCCUGCUUUUUGUAGCCAGGAGGCCUGCCUGUCCUUACUUCCCACAGCUCCAGAG